AUGUGGACGGGAAACGCAACCCUCGCAAUCGUGUCAAUGCUGGCCAUCUUUGGUCCCAUGUCCACCGGAUUCUCAAUGAUACCUGGCAAGUACGACGUGUACAAUCACAAGAGUGUCCAUCAGGUGGACUUCAAGAAGAACCUCUUCGGUUAUGGUGCCAAUCGCGCCCCCGCCCACGACACCCCGCCCAGUUCUUGCAAGUGCAGAUGCGGUGAACGAAAUGACGCCUCCCGCAUCGUUGGCGGUCAAGCUGCCGGAGUGAAUGAGUUUCCAUGGAUGGCGCGACUCAGUUACUUCAAUCGCUUCUACUGCGGUGGAAUGCUCAUCAAUGACCGCUACGUGUUAACAGCUGCACAUUGUGUUAAAGGGUUUAUGUGGUUCAUGAUUCGCGUCACCUUUGGCGAACAUGAUCGCUGCAACGAAACGUACCGUCCAGAGACGAGAUUCGUCCUCCGGGCCAUCGUGAAUGACUUCAGCUUUACAAAUUUCAACAAUGACAUUGCUCUUCUACGCCUCAACGAUCGCGUACCCAUCACUGACUUUAUCCGUCCAAUUUGCUUACCAAAUCCCAAAGCAAGUGAUGCUUCCUACAUUGGACGUAAAGCCAUCGCAACGGGAUGGGGAACACUCAAGGAAGAGGGCAAACCCUCAUGCAUACUCCAAGAAGUAGAAGUUCCUGUUAUAUCCAACGAUAGAUGUGUCAGUGAGACAAAUUACACUAAGAAGAUGAUAACUGACAAUAUGCUGUGCGCUGGAUAUCCUGGAGUUGGACAGAAAGACUCGUGUCAGGGCGACUCUGGCGGACCUCUGGCGAUGCAGCGUGAGGACAAGCGAUAUGAAUUAAUUGGAAUAGUGUCGUGGGGCAAUGGAUGUGCCCGUCCCAACUAUCCCGGCGUCUAUACUAGAGUAACAAGAUUCGUCGAGUGGAUUCGAGCCAAUUCAUAUGACGGAUGUUUCUGCAAUGAAUAAUAUUCAUCUCUCUCCGCCUCCAAUUAUGCUCUUUGAAAAUUGAAAUGCAAAAUCUCAUGCGGAGGGCGCCCCCCGGCAGUGUCCCCCAGAUAUUAAACCACUUUUCGACGCAAAAUCGCGCGCGCACACACACUCACACAUUUUGCACGAGCGAUUCUUCUUCUUUUCGAUGAAAACUCUAUAACUGUGAAUUGGAUGUUGAGUAACAGGAAGGAUACAUUUAGAAUAAGCAUCUGUUGGAGAUGGAAAACAUAAUACAUACAUAUAGAAUGCUGAAGAGACUAUUGAAGUGAAUCGCAAACCGGUCUCACUCCACGCUGAAUGUUGGCAAUGAACUUGGGGAAUUUUCAGAAACUAUGAAUUGUAAAUAGAAUUACACAAAAAAAUUAUGUCUUUUAUCUCUUCAGCAUUUUCUUUAUGCCUCUGUUUUUUUGUACCUUCCGUGCGUGCACUUGGGAAAUAUGUAUGUAGACGACAAAACAUCUGCCAUUCACCGAGAAUCUCUAACACGAUAUAUCAUCUUUCCACUCAUGAGAUUAUGUUGCAAUUCUCUUGCAAAUUUACACUUUA